AUGGGAUUUCUGCUGCUCUGCUUUCUGAGUCUCCUCAAACCUUCCUCUCAGCAGUUUCCUCGAGCUUGCACCCCUGCCGACAAUCUGAUGAGAAAGGAGUGUUGCCCAGCUUGGAGUGGAGACGGGUCUCCCUGCGGGGAGCUCUCGGGAAGAGGAUCCUGUCAGGACGUUUCAGUUUCGGAUGCUCCAAAUGGACCUCAGUUCCCCCUGUCGGGUGUGGAUGAUCGAGAGGGUUGGCCGUCUGUCUUCUACACCAGGACCUGUCACUGCGCUGAGAACUUCAUGGGCUUCAAUUGCGCGGACUGCAGGUUUGGUCGUUUCGGCAUUAACUGCACAGCGAGACGCACAUCCAUCAGGAAAAAUAUACUUGAAUUAUCCGGUGCAGAGAAGGACAAGUUUCUUGCCUACCUCAACCUGGCAAAAAGUACUAUCAGUCAGGAUUAUCAGAUAGCUGUAGGAACAUACACCCAGAUGAGCAAUGGCUCUAACCCCAUGUUCAGAGACAUUAGUGUUUACGACCUAUUUGUGUGGAUGCAUUACUACGUCUCGAGGGACACCCUAUUGGGUGCAUCCAGGGUUUGGAAGGACAUUGAUUUUGCCCACGAAGCCCCAGCCUUCCUGCCCUGGCACAGGGCUUUCCUGCUGCUCUGGGAAAACGAGAUAAGAAAGACUGCAGGCGAUGAGAAUUUCACAAUCCCAUACUGGGACUGGAGAGACUUGGAAAGCUGCGAGGUUUGCACUGAUGAAUACUUGGGAGGUCGCCACUCCACCAUCCCCAACCUUCUCAGCCCAGCGUCUUUCUUCUCCUAUUGGCAGGUGAUUUGUACCAGAUCAGAGGAUUACAAUAAUGGCAAUUUUUUGUGUGACGGCACCCCUGAGGGACCCAUUCUACGUAAUCCAGGGCACCACGACCGAACCAAGACACCGAAUCUUCCAACCUCAGCAGAUGUGGAAUUCUCGUUGAGCCUGACAGAGUAUGAAACUGCACCGUUUGAUAAAUUUGCAAAUUUUAGUUUCCGAAACACCUUGGAAGGUUUUGCCAAUCCAAAUACUGGUAUAUCUAACACAUCACAAAGUAGUUUACAUAAUGCCUUACACAUUUACAUGAAUGGCUCAAUGUCCCAAGUGUCUGGAUCAGCAAAUGAUCCAAUCUUUUUACUUCAUCAUGUGUUUGUUGACAGUAUAUUUGAGCAAUGGCUCAGGAGACACAGGCCUCUUCAAGACAUUUAUCCAGCAAUGAAUACACCAAUAGGUCAUAAUCGUGACUAUUAUAUGGUGCCUUUUAUUCCAAUCUACAGAAACAUUGAAUUCUUCCUCUCAUCACAAGAGCUUGGAUAUGAUUAUGAUUACCUGACUGAACCAGCUCCACGUUCUGUUCAGAAUUUUCUGGCCCCUUAUCUGGAGGAAGCCCGGCGGAUCUGGCCCUGGCUUCUAAGCGCAGCAGUAAUUGGGGCUCUCGUGAACGCAAUAUUCAGUCUUAUCAUUGCAAUGGCCCGCACCAAGAAAAAGAAACAAAAUGGCACCACUGAGGAGCAACAACCUCUGCUUAAGAAUACUAAUGAAUAUCAGACCACUAUGUGA